ACAGACGGAGAAGAAGAACAAAAAUAGCAGUGUGCGCUGCAACAAUAUAACAGUAAGAUAUUUUUCAUAUUAUCACGUUGACAAGUCAUCCUUGGUAUUCUGUGAUUUGAUUGAAAAAUUAUUGCUGCAGGAAAUGAGACGUUCUGCUGGUGGGACACAGUACAACUGAUUUUCGUUACGAGUAGUUAACUGUCCGCGUGGAACUCGGUGGCGUAAUGAACGUAAGUUAUAGUAGAAGCCCGUUAAAUCAUCACAGCAUGGAGGCUAUCUUACCAUUUGUUUCAUUGUCGCUUUGCCAUGUAUUAUGUUAAGCACAUCGCUAUAUAGUCUACGGCACAGUCGCUAACGCAAAACAUCUCCACCCGUUAAAAGAGAUGCCCUUUACGUGUCACGCUAUUUUAACACUUAUCAUGUUUAAAUAGAAGUGAUGUAAACAGUGGGUUUGCUACGUUUGGCGAUUUUGGACCAGAAAGUUGGCGUGUUUAAGGGCUAGUAAAAAAAGAAAAGAAAGAAAAAACAGCUAUUGUUAGUCGUUUGCUAUCAAAAUGUGGGGGGGGGGGGGGGGGAGCCCUCCGCAUAGUAGAGUAAAUGAAUGUUCGAGCCGUUGAAUUUCGAAAGUAUGUGCUUCUAUCUUCAUUGAGAAUGUUCGAUAUUGGUUGUUUACGUCUGUGGGGGCAGGUCAAGUAUUUAUUUCGUGCUGGAGACCAGCAAAAAACAAAAAAGCCCUCGUUGUUCGUUAUUUAGCAAAAUGUGGAAAAGCUCUCCGCAUUGUUAAAUAUGUUAAUGUUAAGGCGUGACAUUUCGAAAGCAUGUGCUUAAUUAUUUAUGAAUAACGUUAGAUUUUAUUGUUGGUUAUGCCCGAAUGUUUACUGAGCGCGGAGGCGUCCAUCUUUAUUUUCCGAACAGCCAAUAGUAUAGCACAUUGAAGUGACGUCAUUUCAACGCGGAAGUGGUGUAAAAUAAACGAUUUUAUUUUUUUCGUAAUUGUUCAGUUGUGAUGGACAGCUUCUUCAAAAUGCCUCCCCAAAAGAGUUCGGUUCGUAAUAAGCCGAAGCGAACAAACAUAAUGAGGACCAUAGAACUAAAAAAAGAACUUAUUGCCAAGUUUGAAAGCGGUACAAGGGUGUCCGACCUGGCCGCUCAGUACAACAUGGCCAAGUCCACCAUAUCCACCAUUUUGAAAAAGAAAGAAGCCAUCAAAGCUGCCGAUGUGGCAAAAGGAGUAAAAACGCUUACAAGCAGGAGACCUUAUCGAAUGGAAGAUGUGGAGAAACUUCUACUUAAGUGGGUCACCGAGAGGCAGGCGAGGGGUGAAAAAGUGUCGGAGCCUAUCAUUUGCGAGCGCGCCCGGCAGCUGUACAGCGACCUGACUCGCGACAGCCCCGGGGACAGCGCGGACGACUUCAAGGCGAGCAGGGGCUGGUUUGAAAACUUUAAAAAGAGAAGCGGGAUCCGCUACGUGGUCCGGAAGAGGGAGACCCUGCGUGCCGAUAAAGAAGGUGCCAAGAAAUUUGCGGAGGAGUUUCAGUCGUUUGUGGGGAGCGAAGGCUUUCUACCCCAGCAAGUGUUCAACUGCGAUGAGACGGGACUCUUUUGGAAGAAGAUGCCCAAGAGAACGUACAUUACACGGGAAGAGAAAAGCCUGCCAGGACAUAAGCCCAUGAAAGACAGGCUGACUCUACUGCUGUGUGCUAACGCAAGCGGGGACUGCAAAGUCAAACCUCUGCUGGUGUACCACUCGGAAACCCCGAGAGCCUUUAAAAAGAACAAUGUGCAGAAAAACAAGCUCAGCGUUAUGUGGAGGUCCAAUCCCAAAGCGCUGGUCACUAGGCAGUUCUUUACUGAGUGGUUCCAGGAGGUGUUUACUCCCAGCGUGGCGGAAUACCUGACGGAGAAGAAUCUUCCACUCAGGGCCCUUCUGGUCCUGGACGCCGCGGUGGCUCAGCCAUCGGGGUUGGGAGAAGAUUGGAGCAGUGACCACGACUUCAUCACGGUCAAGUUUUUGCCGCCCAACACCACACCUCUGCUCCAGCCCAUGGACCAGCAGCUCAUCUCCAACUUCAAGAAGCUCUACACAAAGGCACUUUUCCAACGGUGCUUUGAGGUGACCAUGGAGACCAAUCUCACCUUGAGAGAAUUUUGGAAAGACCACUUCAACAUCCUCCACUGCUUGACCGUCUUGGAGAAAGCCUGGGAACAGGUCACCAAGAGGACGGUGCAGUUGUCCUGGAGGAAGCUGUGGCCAGCCUCCAUGGUGCCCAGGUUUUUCGAAGGCUUUGAACCCGACCCCGCUCUGGAAACGGACGUGGUGGACGAGAUCGUGUCCCUGGGCAAGUUCAUGGGCCUGGAGGUAGACAGCGACGACGUGGAGGAGCUAGUGGAAGAGCACACCCUGAUGCUCUCCACCGACCACCUGCAGGACGUCCAGCAGCAAGGCCUUCCCGAGGACGCGUCCUCCGAGGAGGAAGACGCCGGCUGGAACGACAAAAUUCCCACCGCGGAAAUCAAGGAGAUGCUGGGCUACUGGGCCAAGACGCAGAGUCUGGUGGCCAAGUGGCACCCGAGUGUCGCCGUGGUGAAGAGGAACAUCAACCUGUUCGACGGCAACGUGGUCGAGCACUUCCGAGGCAUCCUGAAAAGUCGCAAGAGGCAAGCGGCUUUGGACAGCAUCUUCUCCAAAGAAGAAGCCAGUUGUGGAAGCAGCAGCAGCGGUAGUGAGCUUCAAGCCUCCAUCAGCGGAGUUAAGAGGAGAAGGAAGGACUGUGCGCUGGAAGGUGACUUGGAUCAAGCCUUUACGGGAGAGGACUCGCCUUCUGUGGAGUGACAUCCCUCCUCUCCACUUCCCCUUUAUCAUAAUCAUCAUCAUCAUGUGUGUCACUUACAUGAUUGUUAAGAAUAUUAUCUCUAAAACAGAAUUUAAAAGGUUUAUUUUUAAAGUGGGAACUAUUGAAAGGUCCAAGAGCCUCGUGGAAGGGAUUGUGUUUGCCGUCUGAGGUGUCCACUGUACGCUGGACUUAAGCUUCUAUCAGAGACCAGAUUAUCCAGGCACUGAGAAAGACCAGGAGUCAGUGACUCCAACCAGACUGUCGUUGAAGGACUUCCCAGCCUCAGGAUCAAAGUCAUGACUCCUGCAGUGACGGAGCUGGAUGCUCCGUUCACGAGCGCAGUAGUUUGCAGGCAGGGAUGGGGACCAGGAUGAGGCCUCCAACACUGGCAGGGAUGCCUCUUCAGGACCAGAACGAACUUGCUACUCCAGCAGAGGUGAAGAUCUGGAGCGGAGACAGAGGAAUUGUCUGGAGACUUGAUUUGAAGAUGUUCCAGAUUGGAGUGGACCUGUAGAGAACUUCCUGCAAACUCCACACUCAUGGCAUCUGAACCGGGACCUGCACCACCUUCGCUAUCACUUUCCAGCAUCAUCUAAAACAAUGGAUGAUAACAAUCAUAAUUUUUCGUCAUUAUAUUAUUAGCAGUCGUCCUGCUUAUAGUAAAGGACGGUACUUUAGCAUAUAAAACUAACUACUACUAUUAGUACCACUGCUGCUGUUAAGACUGAGCGUCUUCAUAUGUAUUUGCACACAUGUAUUUCACUAAAACAAAUAGAGUAUCACCUGACCCCGACAUACUUGUUAAUGGAGAAAAAAUGCAAAUGCAAACAGCUCCUCUGGCUGAGUUCAUCAGCCAAAGAAACGGCUCUGAGCGUGUCACUCGAGGCUCCGUCAGAGGUGACUGUCUCCUUCCUCUGCGCAAGAACACUUUCACUAAGUCAGCCUGGUCAGUGAGGAGCGCUGGUGAGGGGAACUCAGUACCCGAGGAGGUUAAACUGCUUACAACACACAAGGCCUUCACAAAAAAAACUGAAAAUGUGGUUAGUUAACACCUAUAGCUGCCAACACUAAAAGACAAGUAUGUUAUGAUGUUUUUUUGUUAUGAUCAAAUGAUUUGUGGUUUUAUUCUCUCUUAAUAGUAUAGUAAGUCUUUAUGUAUCCUGUAUUAUAUUGUCUUGUAGAUGUAUUUUACUGCUUUUUUACAUCAUGGCCAGGGGACUACAGAUGAAAACUAGCAUUUUGGCUUUUUUAACCAUGUGUAUUUCAUGUGUUUUAUGAAAUUGCAUUGUCCCCUUUCAAAUAAACUGAUUUUUUUUUUUAAAAAAAUGCCUUGUCACACUCAAAUUACCAAUUAAGUCACCAUCUCUCCUAUUGGAUGCAUUGUGUGUUGUCACAGCGGCACUGCGCCCGAAUUAAAAUUAUUUUAAUAUGAGCAUGUCAACCACGGUGGCAAACGCCCACCUCGUGUGCCACCACCGCAGCGCAUUGCCCUUAUGUAGCAAGUACAAAAUGUAAACGCCCUGUUUCAUUGCACUUAGCACAACACGCCCUCGGCCCAGCCAUUCAUUCAAAGGCAAAGCGAGGGCUAUCCGUUACAACGACUUCACGUUCAAACCAGUGGGAAAAGACACCAGGCUACUCCCUGUUCAGUUGCUAAGCAACCAGUGCCAAAUAUGGACAAGUUUGCGUCGGGGCGCCGUGUUGGUAAAAAAAAAACGGUUGAAAAGGCCUUGACUUUAUUUCU